ACGGCUUAGUAUUUUUCAAACAUUGUGGGAGAGAACUAAAUAACAACACUAGAUGCGUUGUACUUCUUUCCUGAGACAAUUUGGGCCUUGUCAAGACUGUUAGCAGCCGGCUAACUCGAAUCAGGUGGUGCAAACCAUGGAACAGUGCGGGUGUGUCGAGCGAGAGUUGGAGAAAGUCCUCCAUCGCUUCGUCAUUUACGGCCACCAGUCCGAGGAGAGGCUAAACGAUCUUCUUGCCAGCGUCUGUGAGAUGAGAGGACAAGUGCAUCAAUUUGUCCAAGAGGGAGAUAUUGCCGUCAUGUGUCAGACAAUGGCACAGUGUUGUAAAAAUAUCAAAGAGGAAGUGCAGAUGCUAGCCUCUCGACAUAAGGACAUUCACGGCAGCGUUUCCAAAGUGGGAAAAGCCAUCGACAGGAACUUUGAUGCAGAGAUCAGUGCUGUGGUUGCAGAAACUGUGUGGGACACUCCAGAGAGGCAAAAACACUUGAGUGAAACCAUAGUGGAGCACCUGUACAGACAAGGCAUGCUCAGUGUAGCAGAAGAUCUUUGUCAGGAGUCUGGUGUAGUUAUAGAUAUGAGCAUGAAGCAGCCUUUCCUGGAGCUCAACAGGAUCCUUGAAGCACUGAGAAUGCAGAACCUUAGGCCAGCACUUGAGUGGGCAGUGACAAAUCGCCAGCGUCUUUUGGACCUCAACAGCAGUUUAGAGUUUAAAUUACACCGCUUGUACUUCAUCAGCUUGCUCAGCGGAGGAAUCAGCAACCAGAUGGAGGCACUUCAGUACGCCAGGCACUUCCAGCCCUUUGCCUCACAGCACCAGAGAGAUAUUCAGAUCCUAAUGGGCAGCCUGGUGUACCUGCGUCACGGCAUUGAGAACUCCCCUUACCGUAGUUUGCUGGAAACAAAUCAGUGGGCGGAGAUUUGUAAUAUCUUCACCAGAGACGCGUGCGCUUUAUUGGGCCUCUCUGUGGAGUCUCCUCUUAGUGUUAGCUUUGCCUCGGGCUGCAUGGCUCUGCCCGUGCUAAUGAACAUCAAGCAGGUGAUCGAACAGAGGCAGUGCAAUGGUGUCUGGACUCACAAAGAUGAGCUACCUAUUGAAAUCGACUUAGGCAAGAAGUGCUGGUACCAUUCGGUGUUCGCCUGCCCCAUCCUUCGACAGCAAACUUCAGAGAGCAAUCCGCCCAUGAAGCUCAUCUGUGGCCACGUUAUUUCCAGAGACGCGCUCAACAAACUGACCAACGCUGGCAAGUUAAAAUGCCCGUAUUGCCCCAUGGAGCAGAAUCCCUCACACGCCAAGCAGAUCUACUUUUGAUGGUUCACGCUAGUCCUCAUCGCUUCUCCAGGAGCAUUUGCCGCGGACCCUUUUCUCAGCCCGUGACUUGUUCUCGUAAGCGUUAAGGUUCGAUCUCUUUGCUCACGGGCCACCUUCAGACACCCCGUCAAAUCCGGAGGCAACCUGCAGGGAAAGGAAUCACCGUUUGUGAAUGUCCUGACAAAGAAGCACCGCUAAGAAUCAUUUAAACUUUUUUUUUGUUUGUUUUUUUGCAAUCGAUGAUUAUUAUUUAUAGUGUGUGUUAUAUGGGCUUUUUUAGUUGACUUAUGAGAAAUGACUGCUCCUCAUGUUUUGUUGUUUUUCUAUUUUGCAUUUUUUUGGGCAGAGCGGUUCAAUGAAGGUUGUUUGAGUGAGUAACAAGCAUCUGUCUUGACAACACUUUUCCGAACAAAUGUACAGUUGUAUUAUUUUUUCGGAGUCUUGCCCCAAGCAUCACUCUAAUUGGAUUCGUUCAUUGGUGGCAGAACAGCCACUUCUUUGUGUGACAGACUGCACCAGCAAGAUUCUCCUUCUGUCUUGUUCCAUUUGUAUAUUUAAGGAAUAUACGCAACUGUGAAAUGUGCGCUCUUUCUGUUCAUCGCAGCAACCCGAUGUAAAAUAGACGCUGGCUGUAUUCAUAGAUAAAGCCGCUGCUGCAUAGGUUUGGGUGUCUUGAGACGAAAUUGCAGUGGAGAAACGUAUUUCCUCAGGGCUCAUGCUCACAGUACACAGGUCAAUGUUAAUCAACAUCUUUGGGACACUCUCACAGCGCUCCAAAACGUAUGGAUGCAUGCUCUUCUGGAAAUUGUGAUGUCACCUCACAUUUGUGAGGCUCAUGAGCUCUGCAAACGCUGCACCAGCAUACCGUAAGUCUCAUGUUAUAUACAUAUAUAUAUUCCGUGUUACAUCAUGCUUUAUUUGGAUUUUAUUUAAAAAUGGAUGAAAGAUAUUUUCUUUGUGGAGUUUCAGAGGAUUUCUUUUGACUUCAUAGUAUAGCGGGGAAAUUCCCAGCACUCUCUCGUCUAUUUCCUGCUUUCCUGUAUGUGAUGCGAUUUAUUGUAAAUAUUUAACCUGACAUGUUUCAUAUACUGGCAACAGAAAUAAAACUUUAUACUCCG